UUUGUGGAAUUGUCAGUAUUAAGUCUUCCGAUCACGUUUACUCUAUGCUAAUAACUACUUCGUAUUUUUAUGAAGAGGAAAUUUUAUUUGUGAAUAUACAUUUAUUUGGUACUAAAUAUGCUAUAUUUGCACUUUUUUUUAAAGAGUUUUAAUGUUUAUUUCGUUUUUAUUAUCAAUUUAUUGACUAAACAAAAGCCCUUUAUACAUGUUUUACGUUACUGUAACCAGUGUUUUUGCCAACCAGUCAGUGCGCAUGCGCGGAAAAUCCCGAAUGUAAACAAUAACAAUUAACUCGUCUAUACAAGGAUUUAUAUUGGAUGAAACACACUCGAAAUAAAGUUUAUUAACAGAGCGCCUACAGUCAACGCGACACUGUAUUCACCUUUGUCCGCAAGGUCAUGUCUAUACCGUUCCUGCCAGCGGAACAUGUGGAACCAGCGAUUAUGAGACUGAAAGAAAAAACAACAGACGAACGCCUGGCCGACCUGCUAGAGUAUGUGGACAGGACAUGGCUUAAAUCUUCGGUGUGGGGACCUGAAAAUUGGAGCGUGUUUGGUCGGAGUGUCCGAACAAAUAAUGACUGUGAAGGGUGGCACUUGAAACUAAAUCAGCACGCCAAGAAAGCCAAUUUGCCUUUCUACCUACUACUGACCCUUCUUUGUGAAGAGGCUUCCCUUCUCCCAACACAGGUGAAGAUGGUAUCAGAAGGAAAGCUAUCCAGGCGACAACGAAGGAAGAACACGUCUAUCCAGGGAAAAAUCUUCAAGCUGUGGGAAGCAUACGAGAGCGGAGAAUUGUCAGUCAACGGCCUACUGAGGAAAUGCAGUGGCAUUUAUGGACCAAAGGCAUGAACGUUGCUCAUUUGAUGUCUUUCUGAUUGUUGGAAAUGUUUCAACCCUUGUUUUUGAAAAGCUUGUUUGUGUGUGAAAGUUACUGUGUGUUUGUAAUGUUUUACCAUUAUUAUAUUUUUUAAAUGUUUGAUAAUAUUCAUCAUUUACGGACCAAAUGCCUGCCUGAAAGUUGCUAGAUUAAAUUGAAAUAAAUUAUUGCUCAUUUGUUGUUUUUUUUUCUUCUGAUUGUUAGAAAUGUUUCAACCAUUGUGUUUAAAAGCUUGUUUCUGUGUGAAAGUUUGUGUUUAAUUAUUACGGAUGUUUGAAAUGUUUGAUAAUAUUCAUCAUGGCUCAUUACAACCUGUGUUUGUAAUGUUUUAAAAGUAUUAAAGAUGUUGGAAAUGUUUGAUAAUAUUUUGUGAAAGUUUGUGUUAAUUAUUACGGAUGUUUGAAAUGUUUGAUAUUAUUCAUCAAGGCUCAUUACAAACUGUGUUUUAAAAUUAUUUUUAAAAUGAGUUAAUAAAUGGAAAUGUUUGAUAAUAUUUUGAAUUGUCUUUUCAUUCAUAAAUCUGUGUUAUUUAUUUCAUUUAAUAUGCUAAAAUUGAUGCUUUGUAUGUUUUCAAUAAAAACAAAUGUUAGUAUCGUGGGUCUGUAAUUGUUAUAAAUUAUGAAUAAAAUUAUGAAUAUAA